CUUAACCUCACGUACAUAUCGCCAGAAGACGGGGCCGGACUCCGACGUGAACGCUGCGAGCUGCUGAGUUGGGACAAGCAGUCAACCCCGGAAUAGGUCUUAUGACCGGCAGAUAUUAAUUAUGCACAAGCACAUGUGCCGAGCGUCGGCCGCACAGUCCUGGUUCUUCCUGGCGAAGAUAUAUAUCGUAUCUACCGUGAAGCGAAUCUGGGGAGGGAAAGAAGAGGGAGAGUCACCGCGCGCGCGCAGCCAGACCAUCCACCUUCCAAGGUAGUUCACUCGUUCGUCUGCCCAGCCUCGCCGGCCCUGUUUUUGGUGUUGCAACUUGCAAGGGGCUGUUACCCCGAUUCCAGUCACUAACGUCAAGGCCCCACCAUGCAUCUGUCUCGGUUCUUGCUUUCACUUGGUAGCCUCACGGCUAUUGCGGCAGCUAUUGCUAUUCCCGACGUAGCUCAAGACAGUGGCAAUGUCGUGCGCAGGGCUGCUUUCGACAGCAUCUACGACUAUGUGAUUGUCGGUUCGGGGCCAGGUGGUGCGCCUCUCGCUUCGCGCCUCGCCAUUGCAGGCAAGAAAGUCCUCCUGAUCGAGGCAGGCGAUGACCAAGGCCUGUCCACCGAGUACCAGGUGCCCGCUCUCAACCUGCAAUCCACAGAGUAUGAGCCCAUGCGCUGGGACUACUACGUCAACCACCACAGCGAUCUCGAUGUGCAGAAGAGGGACACCAAGAUGUCCUACCGGACGAGCGAUGGCGGUCUGUAUACUGGUCUUACGCCCAGUGCUGAUGCAGAGCCGCUGGGUGUGUUGUACCCACGAGCUGGCACCCUCGGUGGUUGCGCAGCACAUAAUGCUCUGAUCACCAUUUAUCCUCAUGCCAGUGACUGGGACAAGCUUGCCAAGCUUACCGGCGACAGCUCAUGGAGUGCUUCCAAUAUGCGCCAGUACUUUAAGCGUCUCGAGAGCGCCCGAUAUCUGCCCAACGCCAUUGUUGGCCAUGGCUUUGACGGAUGGCUCACGACGAGCGUCACCGAUCUCGGCCUCGUCAUCAAGGAUAUCAAGCUCCUCACUGUCAUUGUCUCAGCCGCAUCCGCCAUGGGCAAGGGUUUCUUCGGCCUCGUCCUCUCCACCGUCAACGGUCUUGGCCAAGUCUUGCUCAGGGACGUCAAUGCGGAUACGCCAGGUCGGGAUUCUGCCGAGGGGCUCUACCAGGUUCCCAUCACAGUCAAGGAUGGCAUUCGGGUCGGCCCUCGCGAGUUCGUCCUCGAGACUGCCAAUGCGAAGAACGCGGACGGCUCCCGCAAGUACCACCUGGACAUUAUGAUGAACACGCUCGCCACGAAGGUCCGUUUCGACACGUCUGGCACUACGCCCCGCGCCGUUGGUGUCGACUUUCUAUCGGGCCAGAGUUUGUACAAGGCCGAUCCUCGCGCUACAACUGGUGCCUCCUCGACUGCCGGCUCCGUCAACGCAUCAGCUGAAGUCAUCCUCGCUGCCGGCGCCUUCAAUACUCCUCAGCUCCUCAAGCUCAGCGGAGUCGGCCCCAAGACGGAGCUUGACGCAUUCGAUAUCCCUGUUAUUGUCAACCUUCCCGGCGUCGGCACAAACCUCCAGGAUCGCUAUGAAACGACCGUCGUUGGCGAGACCCAGUCUGACUUUGAAAUCAUCAAGGGCUGCACGUUUGGCAGCGACGGCGACCCGUGCCUAUCCAAGUGGCUGACCAGUGACAAGGGCAUCUACGCCUCCAACGGCAUUUCUCUCGGUGUCGUCAAGAAGUCAUCCGUUGCCACGACGAGUGACCCCGACCUCUUUAUCGCCGGCGCUCCUGUCGCUUUUCGCGGUUACUACCCCGGUUAUUCUGCCAACACGACAUGUGAUCGUAGACACUGGUCAUGGAUCACUCUCAAGGCGCAUGCCUCCAACAAGGCCGGCACUGUCCGCCUCCGCUCGGCUGAUCCCACAGACAUGCCCCAGAUCGACUUCAAUUACUUCCAGCAGGGCGGCGAUGCGGACAAAGAAGCCGUUGUGGAGGGCAUGAAGCUAUCUCGGAAGAUGAUGAGGGACGUCAUCCCUCUCGCCGGUGGCUUCGAGGAAAUCUGGCCCGGUUCGAGUGUCUCUGAUUCCGAUCUGGAAGACUGGGUCACCAACGAGGCAUGGGGGCAUCACGCCAGCUGCACUUGCCCCAUUGGCAAGGACAACGAUCCCAUGGCUGCUCUAGAUAGCAAGUUCAGGGUGCGCGGCACCGAGGGACUGCGCGUUGUGGAUGCGUCUGUCUUCCCUGAGAUCCCGGGCUUCUAUAUCGCUGUGCCGGUGUACAUGGUCAGUGAGAAGGCUGCCACGGUUAUUUUGGGUCAAUGACAGAGGCAUUAGUUUUGAUCGUGUCUACUGUCAAUAAUGUGAUAAAUGGGUACCGUACUCACUCGACAAAGUCGCUAGCGCUGG